GCUUAUCGCCUUAAUGACCUUUCAGUAAUGCUGACUGGGUGAAGAUCCGCGGAGCGGGUUGAUCUGAAACAUUAAAACAAUACUUUUCUUUUCCGAAGUGGAAUAAAACGGGACUCUGCUACCAUGAGUACCAUGUUUCUAGACACCAUUCUGAUCGUGUUCAUCUCCAUUUGCACAGCGUUGUUAGCUGAAGGUAUUACCUGGGUUCUAGUGUAUCGAACUGAAAAGUACAAGAGGCUGAAGUCUGAGGUGGAGAAACAAAGCAAAAAACUUGAGAAGAAAAAAGAAACCAUAUCUGAGUCAGCUGGACGCCAGCAAAAGAAGAAGAUUGAAAGACAGGAAGAGAAGCUGAAGAACAACAACAGAGACCUGUCUAUGGUGCGCAUGAAGUCCAUGUUCGCCAUUGGCUUCUGCUUCACAGCUCUGAUGGGCAUGUUUAACUCCAUUUUUGAUGGAAGGGUGGUGGCCAAGCUGCCGUUUGUGCCGCUCUCGUACAUCCAGGGGCUGUCGCACCGCAACCUGCUGGGCGAGGACUACACGGACUGCUCCUUUAUCUUCCUCUACAUCCUCUGCACCAUGUCCAUCAGACAGAACAUUCAGAAGUUGCUCGGCCUCGCUCCCUCCAGAGCUGCGACAAAGCAGGCGGGAGGCUUCCUGGGACCUCCUCCUCAAGCAGCCAAGUUUUCCUAAGUGGCGUUCCAAGCUUGACACCUCCUCUGGAGCACGGGUGGAACAUUUUGAGCCUGAGAAGCUGUCUGUCAGUUGCAGCUGUUGUGUUAUAACUUGUUUUAAGUUUUGGUGUUUUAUUUAUCCUAAAUGUCUCCAGACUUUAGAAAAGAAGUUGUUCUAAAGAUUCACAAAGCGUACGGCUGAGUGUGAGCUCAUGUCAUGGACUGAGGUUUCAUUUUUCACAUUAACAUGCAGCCCACUUCAGCAUUACUGUAUGUCAUCGUCUC